AUGAGUGAGAGAGAGAAAGGUGAUCAUGGGAAGAAUCCUGGCAAAUCAAGUGAAGAACUUGACAUUCUUCAAAGAAGUAAUAAGAGGAAUAAAGGUGAGGGAGAUCAGUUUUCAAAUGAUGUAUCUAUGAUACCUAGACAUGAAGGUUGGAUGGAAGAUGAGAAUGGCCAACGUUCAACCUGGAGGAAAAUUCUGAUGCGUCAUAAUGGAGAAGAUGAUGAAUGGGAAGGAGAGGCGUCUGCCGAGGAAGACUUAGAUGGGGAGGAACCUGCUGAGGAAGAGGAUGUCAACCAUGGAGGAAUUAAGAUGUGGGAGGAAGAUGAUGGGCGUACUUAUUUUAGUUGCACCAAAAGAGCAAGGAAGAGAAUGAGGAAACCUUGGGAGAAAGCUCUGAUUGUUAAACUCCUUGGGAAGAAAAUUGGGUUUAGUGAGAAGGAUGAUCUCAAUUUUGCGUUGAACGGUGGUCCAUGGAUUGUUUUGGGUCAUUAUUUAUCGUUGAGGAAGUGGGAACCAACUUUCAGACCUAAUAGUGCUGGAAUUGCUAAGAUUGCUGCUUGGAUUCGUCUACCGGAUAUUCCCAUUGAAUUCUAUGAUGAAGCUUUUUUUAGAAGGAUUGGAAACUGGUUAGGCAAGAUGAUCAAGGUAGACAGCAAUACAAAUGCUCAUGUAAGAGGACGGUUUGCAAGAAUAUGUGUGGAACUGGACCUAUCUCAGCCAUUAAAGGGUGAUUAUGUGCUGGAAGGAUUUACCAAACAAAUUGAGUAUGAAGGAUUAGGGCUCAUUUGUUUUGGUUGUGGGAAAUAUGGACAUAGCACCGAGAAUUGUUCAGCUGCUCCAAAGCAACGCAGUUCAUCCGAUAUUCAUAAUGACGAUCAAAUUCAUCAAGAGGAACCUGACAACUCAGAAUUCCAUCGAAGCAAAGGAUUGGGACCUUGGAUGGUUGUUAACCGUCAACGCAGGAGCCGGCAACCUCCUCAGACGGCCGGUGCAGUCCAGCCAGGCGCUGGUUCAAAAACCGAUAAUCAUGGUAGAAUCAAUAAUCAUGGUGAUAAGGAGGAAAUUACGCAAUCACGGUUUGCAAUCUUAACAGCUGGACCUAUUAAUGAGGAGGAUCAUAAUCAAAUAAUUAAUUCUGUUACUCCUCAUAUGGGGGCCCCUCAGUUUGAAAUUCCUCAGAAAAUAUGGACUAAAUCCAAAAAGUCCAAAGAUACCCCUAGGACUAAAUCAACGGUUCCUACUAUGCAUGCGGCUCAUUCUUCAAGCACGGGUAAGAGGUGUCCAGUCCAGAGUGAAAAUCGUGAAGAUCAUACUCCCGUUCCACCAUCUCCAUCAAUUGCUACUCCCAUGGCGGUUAGUCCUAUGCAAGCAAAUCAACAUGAUCAGGAAAAUGGGAUGAAAGCAGAUAGCACUUUGAACCAGAAUCAAGAGCAGUUAUAUGACACAUUUCAUAAAACUGGUCCUGAUAUAUCAGUUGACAACAGCAGCGACAUCCAAAAUCCUAAAACCUCAACCAUCUCUACGUGCAUGGAGGUGGACAGAGUUCACCAGGAAGAUAUUUCAAGAAUGAAGGAUACAAGAACCUUGGAGGGAGCAGUGAAACCCCAGUUUCAAAAAUCGCUUUUUUUGUUUACUAGGAAAUAUAAGCCUAGUAUUGUAGUGAUUCUAGAACCUCAGUGUAGUGGUCAAAAAGCUUCUGACAUUAUCCGAAAAUCUGGGUUUAAGCAUGCUUUUGUUCAAGAGGCAGAAGGUUACUCAGGGGGUAUUUGGAUCCUCUGGAAUGAUGAGACUGGUCUCGUUGAAAUUGGUAAUCACACAAAACAGUUUGUUCAUUUUAAAGUUCAGAAUUUUCAUGUUCCUUCCUUUUCUUGCACGGCAGUUUAUGCGAGUCCUAGGGAAGAAAAUAGAAAGGAGCUAUGGGAUGAUCUGUUAAACAUUAGUCUCCAUUGUAAUGGGUCGUGGUUGGUGGCUGGGGAUUUUAAUGAAAUAGCAAAUCGUGAUGAGAAGGAAGGUGGCUGUAGAGUUAACUUAAACAGAUGUUCCAAUUUUGAAAAUGUUCUUCAUAAUUGCAAGCUGCUGGAUCUUGGAGGAUCAGGUCCUUGGUUUACAUGGAAGGGUCCGAAGUUUCUUCAUCUUGAUCGUGUUUUUAAGAGGCUGGACCGAGCCUGUGCUAAUGCAAGUUGGAAGACUACCUUUACUGAUGCUGGCGUUAAGGUACUUCCACGGAUUUAUUCUGAUCAUAGUCCCAUUUUGGUCUACUUGACUAACUUGGACACAGGUUGGAAAAAUCGUCCCUUUCGCUUUGAGAUUGCUUGGAUGGAGCACUAUAACUUUACUCAGUUUCUGGCUAGGAGCUGGAAUGUUGUGAAAGACAAUAGAACGAAUCUGCAUGAUCUGACUCCAAAUUUAAAAAGAUGGAACAAGGUAGUCUUUGGCAACAUUUUCAACAGGAAAACUAACUUAUUGCAUAAUAUUGCAGAAAUUCAGAAUCAUGUUGAUUAUCAUACCAACUUAUCUCUCCAAUCUAGAGAAAAGGAGGUUAGGAAGGACCUUGAUGCGGUUCUCAUACAAGAGGAGAUCUUAUGGUUUCUGUUAGAAUAUUAG